UCGCUCUUGCUCGCCCCGUGCCUCUGUCUCUCCGUUGACACAGACUGCACAGGCUCGUGCUCAAAGAUAUGGACACUGUCGCAGCUGAAUUCGGCAAAGGAAAAUCUCUGUACGACAUCCUGGACAUACCCCCUACAGCGACCGCAGGGGUUAUCAAGAAGGCGUAUUUCAAGCUCGCCCUCAAAUGUGAGAUAUCGCAGAGGAAGGGCAGGACGACAAAGCAGAAGGCGAAGAAUUGUGGUCGCAAUACUGGCGCACCUUAUUUCCGAAGAUCACCGUCGCCGAUAUCGAGUCAUUCGGCAAUAAAUACCAGGGCUCCGACGAGGAGAAGCGGGAUGUACUGGGAGCGUACAAGAAACACAAGGGGAAGAUGGCCGCGGUUAUGGAUUCGACAAUGCUCGCAUCAGCAGCGGAUGAGGAUAGGUUUAGAGCUAUGAUCGACGCAGCGAUCGAAUCCAAAGAGGUUUCUGCAUUCGCAGCAUAUCGGAAAGGAGCAAAAGCGGGUGUGGGAUCUAAGGAAUCGACAAAGAAACGCCAGGCCAAGAUCGACAGGGAGGCUGCGGAGGCCGAGGAGCUGAUGACAAUGAUAAAAGGGCGCAAUACGGACAAGGCGGCUGCAUCGUUGUCGACUCACCGUGGAAAGGAGUUCAACAACUU